UAAAUUUAUGAAUCAAACGCCGAUCAAAGGACACAACUCAACGGUCCAGAUGUCAACGGGCGGUGUUGGCGCACGGUAGUUAACGUACGCCACGGCGCACCAUUUGUAUAUUCUUCCUGUCGGGGAGUGAGUUCCGAUGGGAGCUCUGGUUUUCCGGUGUAAAAGUUGGGAGGGGGAAAUUAUUGGAAAGCCACUUCCACUCGUCCCAAGAAGGAGCUCUCCAGAUCUAUCUCUUCCAAUUUGAUCUCACCGGGGCUGCUGAUCGACAGCUAGCACUCACGUUCUCGUUCUAAUCCGUUGUUUUGGAUCGAGAUUUCAGUUCUGGAUCUCCAGAUUCAUGCCUUUCUGGUGAUUUCUAGGGUUUGCAUUGGUUUGUUAUGAAAUAGGUGUGACAAACUUAGCUACUUUGUCUUGUUUCUUCUUUGAUGGUUGAGUUUUAGGGUUUGUUUGGCCCUCUUUUCCAGCUCCCAGGGCAUUUGCCUUAAAGCCUUCAAGGAAAGGUUCAAGCUUUUGGCUCCACUGAUCUCUCAGCUACAGUACGGACAAAUACUAUUCCAAAAAUUUGCCUUCUGUUAAGGUAGAUCAAGGUUUUAGCUGAAGCUAAAAUCGUCCUUUUGGUCUUAAACUAUCUUGAUAAUUUAUCUUCUUGGAGCAAGAGAUCUAGGGUUUGAGCUUCAGGACUCCACUUCUUCUAAUUGAAUUUGUGAGCCCUGCACUCUCUGAUGGCGAUUUAGGGAUUCUUACAUAUUUUUGACACAAUGUGGAAGCAGUUCCUCAGCAAAUUGCCUCAUAAGUCUUCAAAAUCUAGCGUUGGUUCAGAUUCAACACAAAACCAUUUUGGCAGUAAUGCCACAAAUUCAGGAAGCUCGAUCCAACGAAGUGUAAGCGGUGGUAAUGCUGUUUCUGGACGCACGGCUGCCACUGUUAAGCGAAUGUCUUCUGCCAUCUUCCCAUCGAGUGUGGUUGCUGGUAUUGAGCCUCUUUUAUCAUUCAAAGAUGUACCCAACCAUGAAAAGCCUAACCUUUUCAUCAGCAAAUUGAAUCUUUGCUGUGUUGUCUUUGAUUUUUCCAACCCAAAUAAGAACUCCGUUGAAAAGGAUUUGAAGCAUCAGACCCUUAUGGAUCUUGCUGAAUAUGUCAGUACCACUACCACUCGAUUCACUGAGCCUAUGAUUGCUGCAAGCUGUAAGAUGUUUGCUGCCAACUUGUUCAGGGUUUUUACUCCAAAUAAUCGAUCUAAUUCAUCUGGUGGUGGGGAGAAUGAAGAAGAAGAGCCUAUGUUUGACCCAUCUUGGUCCCAUUUGCAGGGAGUCUAUGAUUUACUACUUCGGUUUAUUGCUUCCUCCUCUCUUGAUGCGAAGGUUGGGAAGAAAUAUGUAGAUCAUUCUUUCAUCUUGAGAUUGCUUGAGCUCUUUGAUUCAGAGGAUCCAAGAGAAAGGGAAUGCUUGAAAACAAUCUUGCACAGGAUUUAUGGGAAGUUCAUGGUCCACCGGCCCUUUAUCCGUAAGGCUGUAAGCAAUAUUUUCUAUAAAUUUGUCUUUGAGACAGACAGGCAUAAUGGGAUUGCUGAACUGUUGGAGGUUUUUGGAAGUGUUGUUAGUGGGUUUGCUUUGCCACUGAAGGAGGAACACAAGAUCUUUCUGUGGAGAACUUUGAUACCUCUGCAUAAACCAAGGUCUGUGGGUGUCUACCUUCAGCAGCUGACGUUUUGUGUGUCCCAAUUUGUAGAGAAGGAGCCAAAGCUAGCAAGUACUGUGAUUAUGGGCCUGCUGAAAUAUUGGCCUGUGACAAAUAGUCAGAAAGAGGUGAUGUUCUUGAGUGAGUUGGAAGAGGUUUUAGAAGCCACCAACAUGGCUGAGUUCCAGAAGUGUAUGAUUCCAUUGUUUAGGCGGAUCGGAUAUUGUCUCAGCAGCUCCCACUUUCAGGUUGCAGAACGGGCUUUAUUCUUGUGGAACAACGACCAUAUAGUCACUCUUGUGGCCCAUAACCGACAAGUGAUAAUGCCCCUCAUCUUCCCAGCCUUAGAGAGGAAUAUUCAAAGUCAUUGGAACCAAGCUGUUCUAAAUGUAACACUGAAUGUGAAGAAGAUGUUCGCAGAGAUGGAUGAAGAAUUAUUUUUAUCCUGCGAAAGGAAGUUUGAGGAGGAAGAAGACAAGCUAAUUGCAUUGGAGGAAAAGCGGAGGAUAACUUGGGAAAGGUUGGAGACUGCUGCUGCCUCGCAACCAGUGACCGGAAACACAGCUGUCCUGGUAACACCCAUCACCACUCCUAAAAUUGCCUCCAGUUUUACUUAGUUAGCCAGCGUGGUUCAUCGCCAUGUCGUUGCGCAUGCUGUAUCCUCACUACCAAACAGUGUUGAGGGUACUUGGGUGGUUUAGUAGAAGAUUAAUAUCACUCUUUAAUUUUUUUCUUUCCUCUUUAAUUUUUGUUGUUGUGGGGAUUUGUUGUACUUAUUAUGGGACUUUGCUGCUGCUCUGAAGGCAGCAAAGCAAGUUGUAAUCUG